AAGAUAUUUAUUUCUUUCUCUCUCUAUAUAUAUAAUUAAUAUAUAUAUAUAUAUAUAUAUCUUUCUUUUAUAUAUACACAAUGCCAAGAGACAGAAAUCCACUAGUCGUUGGAGGUGUGAUAGGGGAUGUAUUGGAUCAGUUCGGAGCGUCCAUAACGCUCAGAGUGGUUUAUAAUAACAGAGAAGUGAAUAACGGUGGCGAUUUCAGGCCGUCGUACAUUGUGAAUCAGCCUAGGGUUGAUAUCGGAGGGGACGAUUUUCGUACCUUCUAUACUUUGGUUAUGGUGGAUCCCGAUGCCCCGAGUCCUAGUGAUCCUAAUCUUAGAGAAUAUCUGCACUGGAUGGUUACGGAUAUUCCUGGAUCCACUGGGACAAACUUUGGGCAAGAGAUCGUGUGCUACGAGAGUCCACGGCCUUCCAUGGGGAUUCACCGUAUGAUCUUCAUCUUGUUCCGCCAGUUAGGGCGGGAGACUGUGUACGCCCCGGAGUGGCGCCAGAAUUUCAACACCAGGGACUUUGCAGAGACCUAUAAUCUUGGAUCCCCUGUGGCGGCGGUCUACUUUAACUGCCAGAGGGAGAGCGGCACCGGUGGGAGAAGACCAGUACAGUUAUGAACUUCAAAUAUUAUUAUUAUUAAAAAAUAAAGUUGAUUAUGCAAUAUGCAUGUAUGAGAAUAUUUUCAUUGAAAUGGGCUAAAGCUUGUAAGAGUGAAGCUGCGUACGCCAGCUUUCUAUAUUUAUGGAGAAAUAAUAUUCUACUAUUCUGUAAUUUGUAAUAUCGUGUAAUGAAUAAAUGGUUGAUGGUAAUAAUUUUACUACUUCU